ACCGCCAUACACCAAGCCCUCAGCAGCUACAAGCAAGAAAUGCGCACAAUGCGCCUCACGCUCCAAAGCGAAGUCCGGCAGCGCCGCCUCUCCGAACUCUGCCAGUCGAUCAUGCACUCGCUCGCCAUCGAGUCGCUGCAGCACCAGUCGAGCUCGCUCUUCGCGUUGCUGAGCGCUGUCGCGAACGGCGCGGCGGCGGCGGGGGGGCCCGGGGUUGCCGAGUUCCGCGAGCGCGCCGGCGCUGCAAUUAACCACGCCACCCAGCGCAGCGAGACCCUACGCUACUGGAACGGCAAGCUCGUCGCCGCCAUCCACAACCACCUCGGCAGCGAGGCUGCCGCCAUCGAGUGCGUUGCCGCGUCGCUCGUCGCGAUGCAGAACCCGGAUGCGCUGCUCACACCCGAGGAGCAGGCGUACUGCCUCAGUGAUGCGCCGCUGCAGGCGGCGCUGCACUGGGUUGGCUGGGCUAGGAGCACCUUGGAGGAGCUGGGGAGGUGCGGCUUGCUGGACGUGCCUGCUGGGAUGCAGCCGGCUGCUGGUCUUGCGUAGAUGGUUCCUAAGGUUCCGUGGAGGGAGGGUUGGAACGCUUUUGCUUUUGUUCGUUGGCGGGCUGAGGUGUGUUUGGUUUAGAAACAUGAGAGGGGCUUGCUGGUGGAGGCUCCUGCUUAGUUAGUUGGACGGAUUCAUGAAUGAAUGAUGAUGCUGAUGUUUACGAGUUUCCAUUUUGGUGAUGAGUGAACUAUGAUUUUUUUUCUGUAGAGAAGUCAGGAGGUCUGUUGGGAGUCCUUUGGCCAGAUUAUAAGCCACACUGACAGAGAGAA